ACGUCACCAAGGUAAUGCAGUGCGAGUUUCGAGGCCAAGCAAGCCUACCACAGGUGUACACCUAAUGCGGAAGGGCGGAUGUUAUCAAACCUGUUGCACUGUUCGUUUGUUUCAUCUGCGUGUUUUUAUCUACACUGCCACACUGCAUUUGUAGCCAAGUUUAGUUUUGGGACUUUGUACACAACAUUUUGAACUUUUUGUACUUUAAAGCGACGGGGGAGGACAUGUUUGUCAGCAAACUGGUUUCGGUGUUUCUUGUCUUCAGUUUGUCAGAUGCAGCCUUCGAUGUCACAACAUCCACCCCAGAUGUAAAGGUCAAAGAGAAUGAGGGUGUUGAUCUGACCUGUAGCAACACGGCAGACUUUGGGGCGGAUGCCAGAGUGGAGUGGAAGUUUAAGAACAAAGGCUCCACAGCUUAUGUGAUCUUUGGUGGGAAACCGACCAUACCGUACGAAGGGAGAGUGACUAAAUUCGAUGGGAGAAUCCGGUUCAGCAAAGUCACCCGUCAGGACACUGGGGAGUAUAGCUGUGAGGUGUCUGGUAAUAGCAAGUAUGGAGAAGCCAAAAUCCAGCUGACUGUUUUAGUUCCCCCGUCGGUGCCCACGUGUCGUGUGCCCUCCUCCACCACCACUGGGGGCGCUGUGGUGCUGGCCUGCAGUGACCCUGACGCCUCGCCCCCCGCCACCUACAAGUGGUACAAAAACGGCACCCCACUCCCCGUGGAUCCCAAGAAGUUCCCCGAGUUCAAGAACUUCACCUACUCGCUGAACCCUACCACAGGAAACCUGGAGUUUCCGUCAGUAGCUCUGGUGGAUUCUGCAGACUACUACUGCGAGUCGUCCAACAUGGCAGGGCCCUCUCAACGCUGCCUGGUUAGGAAGAUGGAAGUUCGGGAGGUGAACACUGGAGGUAUUGUUGCCGGGGUGAUCGUGGCCCUCCUGGCGGUGGCCUUGCUGGUGUUUGGUCUCUGGUACGCCAAUCGCAAAGGAUACCUACCUAAGAAGAGCGAAAGCAAACCCAAACCCUCGGUGGUCUACCAGCCCACGUCAGAGUACGGCGAUGAGGAGGAUGGUGGUGGUGGUGAGUUCAGACAGAAAUCGUCCUUUGUGGUGUAGUCUGUCUGGUGCUGUUACAUGUCAACGACGGACCCAGGACCACACUUUGUAUAAGCCCACUGCCCUUUCUCUGAUCAGAUGGUGUCUAAUUUAAUCUUUAAUAGUGUUUUAUCUUAAAAUGACCUGUAUUAGCUUAAACGUGUUUUGAUAGACCAAGAUGUUUUCUUCUUAAAUAUUGCUGUUCUCUGACAAAUUCAGAAUAGCAGACAUAAACCAGACUUUCUUCCAUUUGUGAAUACCUCAGAUCUGUGUGAUUUUGAUCUUGUAAAUGUGUGCUUCUUUUAAGUUCAAUUGUGAAAUGGUUUGUUUACAAUAUCCAUAGAUAAUUUGUUUUAAAGAUGGUUGUUGUGGUGCAUUAUUUUAUUAUUGACAUCUUUAUUGCAAUUUGUGUGUGCUUGUAGAUGUAUAUACCUUGAUAUUCUGGUUAGUUGGACUUUAGCACUCACAUUGAACACCAUGUUAAUCUAAAUUCAUUGUACAACCAAACGUAGAUGAACAACAUAAAAUGCAGUUUCAAAUGGUCGUAGUCCAUGUACGUUAGUAGGCCUAUGCCAUGUAAAAUAGAUUAGCCAACAUUAGAUUGAAGGAUUAUGGACAGUCGAAACGUAUAUAUAUAUAUAUAGUUUUUUUUUAAAAUAAAAUGUAUUUCUCUUGAUGUC